AUGCAGCGGGGUGGGGCACAGCGUGGUGGGCUGGGUAUGGACCUACAGGCACGCAGCGGGGCGGGGCACAGCGUUGUGGGCAGGGUAUGGUCCUACAUGCACGCAGCGGGGCACAGCAUGGUGGGCUGGGUAUGGACCUACAGGCACGCAGCGGGGUGGGGCACAGCGUUGUGGGCAGGGUAUGGACCUACAUGCACGCAGCGGGGCGGGGCACAGCGUGGUGGGCUGGGUAUGGACCUACAUGCACGCAGCGGGGCGGGGAACAGCGUUGUGGGCUGGAUAUGGACCUACAGGCACGCAGCGGAGCGGGGCACAGCGUGGUGGGCUGGGUAUGGACCUACAGGCACGCAGCGGGGCGGGGCACAGCGUGGUGGGCUGGGUAUGGACCUACAGGCACGCAGCGGGGCGGGGCUCAGCGUUGUGGGCAGGGUAUGGACCUACAGGCACGCAGCGGGGCGGGGCACAGCGUUGUGGGCAGGGUAUGGACCUACAGGCACGCAGCGGGGCGGGGCACAGCGUUGUGGGCAGGGUAUGGACCUACAGGCACGCAGCGGGGCGGGGCACAGCGUGGUGGGCUGGGCACGCAGCGGGGCGGGGCACAGCGUUGUGGGCAGGGUAUGGACCUACAUGCACGCAGCGGGGCACAGCGUGGUGGGCUGGGUAUGGACCUACAGGCACGUAGCGGGGCGGGGCACAGCGUUGUGGGCAGGGUAUGGACCUACAUGCACGCAGCGGGGCGUGGCACAGCGUGGUGGGCUGGGUAUGGACCUACAUGCACGCAGCGGGGCACAGCGUGGUGGGCUGGGUAUGGACCUACAGGCACGCAGCGGGACGGGGCACAGCAUUGUGUGCAGGGUAUGGACCUACAUGCACGCAGCGGGGCACAGCGUGGUGGGCUGGGUAUGGACCUACAGGCACGUAGCGGAGCGGGGCACAGCGUUGUGGGCAGGGUAUGGACCUACAUGCACGCAGCGGGGCGGGGCACAGCGUGGUGGGCUGGGUAUGGACCUACAUGCACGCAGCGGGGCACAGCAUGGUGGGCUGGGUAUGGACCUACAGGCACGCAGCGGGACGGGGCACAGCAUUGUGGGCAGGGUAUGGACCUACAGACACGCAGCGGGGUGGGGCACAGCGUUGUGGGCAGGGUAUGGACCUACAAGCACGCAGCGGGGCGGGGCACAGCGUGGUGGGCUGGGUAUGGACCUACAUGCACGCAGCGGGGCCGGGGCACAGCGUUGUGGGCAGGGUAUGGACCUACAGGCGCGGAGCGGGGCACAGCGUGGUGGGCUGGGUAUGGACCUACAUGCACGCAGCGGGGCGGGGCACAGCGUGGUGGGCUGGGUAUGGACCUACAUGCACGCAGCGGGGCGGGGCACAGCGUUGUGGGCAGGGUAUGGACCUACAGGCACGCAGCGGGGCGGGGCACAGCGUUGUGGGCAGGGUAUGGACCUACAGUCACGCAGCGGGGCGGGCCACAGCAUGUUGGGCUGGGUAUGGACCUACAGUCACGCAGCGGGGCGGGGCACAGCGUUGUGUGCUGGCGGUGCGGGGCACAGCGUGGUGGGCUGGGUAUGGACCUACAGGCACGGGGGCGGGGCCUGGCGGUGGGCUGGGUAUGGUUUCCCAGGCAAUCAGCGGAGGCGGGGCACAGCGUGGUGGGCUGGGUAUGGACCUACAGGCACUCAGCGGGGUGGGGCACAGCGUAGUGAGCUGGGUAUGGACCUACAUGCUGGCUUAGCGGAGCCCGAGGUACAGCGUGGUGGGCUGGGUAUGGACCUACAUGCCGCGGAGUGGGGCACAGCGUGGUGGGCAGUGGACCUACAUGCACGCAGCGGGGCACAGCGUGGUGGGCUGGGUAUGGACCUACACAGGUACGUAGCGGGCGGGGCACAGCGUUGGCUGGGCAGGGGUAUGGACCUGCAGGCACGCAGCGGGGCGGGGCACAGCGUUGUGGGCAGGGUGGAUCUACAUGCACGCAGCGGGGCGCAGCGGGUGGGGCUGGGUAUGGACCUACAGGCACGUGCGGGGCGGGGCACAGCGUUGUGGGCAGGGUAUGGACCUACAUGCAGCAGCGGGGCGGGGCACAGCGGUGGGGCUGGGUAUGAACCUACAUGCUACCAUGGCAGGGGCACAGCGUGGUGGGCUGGGUAUGGACCUACAGGCAACGCAGCGGGGCCAGGGCACAGCAUUGUGUGCAGGGUGUGGACCUACAUGCACGCAGCGUUUUGGCGUGGUGGGCUGGUAUGGACCUACAGGCACGUGGAGGCGGGGCACAGCGUUGUGGGCAGGGUGCUGGACCUACAUGCACUUGGCGGGGCGGGGCACAGCGUGGUGGGCUGGGUAUGGACUGCAUGCAACGCGGGGCUGGCAUGGUGA